AUGCACGUACAUUUGACCGACAAAAAGAUAGUCUGUCAGGAGUUCAUACAGGCGCUAGAGGCAUGCCACGCUGAUACCUGGUCAAGAUGGACUGGCGGGUGCAACGAUGCAAAGCUCAAGCUCAAUAUGUGUUUGAGGAAGGAGCGCAUCGACCGAACCGCGAUAAACCGUGACGUCGCAAGACAACGGCGAGAGAGGACCGAGCUAGCAUGGGCAGAUAUCCGCGAAGAGUAG